AUGAGCGAUCACUCCCUGAAGCAGAUGCGCGACAGCCACAGCAGCCCUCUCCUGCCCGAGCCCUUGUCCAGCAGACACAAAGCCUACGAGUCAGACUUCGCCAGCGCCACCUGGCCCCCAAGCCCCCAGGACACGCACCCUGUGCUGCCCCUCCUGGAAAUGCCGGAAGAAAAGGAUCUUCGGUCGUCUGAUGAAGACAGCCACAUUGUGAAAAUCGAAAAACUCAAUGAAAGGAGUAAAAAGACAGAGAGCGAGGUGCCCCCUCUCGGGUCCUCUGGCCAACGUGGCUUCAGCCUCUUUCAAGCCAUGGGCUACCUCACCGGUGAAAUGAAAGAGUACAGGAACUGCCUGAAAGACAAGCCACUGGUCCUCCAGUUCAUAGACUGGGUCCUGCGAGGCACAGCCCAGGUGAUGCUGGUCAACAACCCUCUCAGUGGACUCAUCAUCUUCGUGGGGCUUGUCAUCCAGAAUCCCUGGUGGGCCAUUACUGGGAUUCUGGGAACAGCGGUCUCCACCUUAACUGCCCUCAUCUUGAGCCAAGACAGGUCGGCCAUUGCCUCCGGACUCCACGGGUACAACGGGAUGCUGGUGGGGAUGCUGAUACCUGUGUUCUCGGAGAAGAGUGACUACUUCUGGUGGCUUCUGCUUCCUGUCAUCUUCGCAACCAUGGCCUGCCCAAUUGUUUCGAGUGCCUUGAAUUCAGUCUUCAGCAAGUGGGACCUCCCAGUCUUCACCCUGCCCUUCAACAUCAUAUUGACCACAUACCUGACAGCCACUGGCCACUACAACCUCUUCUUCCCCACAACACUGGUGGAGCCUGUGUCUUCAGUGCCCAAUAUCACCUGGACAGAGAUUGAAAUGCCCUUGCUGUUACAAGCCAUCCCUGUCGGGAUCGGCCAGGUGUACGGCUGCGACAAUCCCUGGACAGGUGGCUUGAUUCUGGUGGCUCUGUUCAUCUCCUCGCCACUCAUCUGCUUGCACGCAGCCAUUGGGUCCAUCGUGGGGAUGCUGGCAGCUCUCUCCGUGGCCACGCCCUUCCCGUCCAUCUACAUGGGUCUCUGGAGCUACAACUGUGUCCUCUCUUGCAUCGCCAUCGGGGGCAUGUUCUACGCUCUCACCUGGCAGACCCACCUGCUGGCCCUCUUCUGCGCCCUGUUCUGUGCAUACAUGGGAACAGCCUUCUCCAACAUCAUGGCAGUGAUUGGCGUGCCAUCAGGCACCUGGCCAUUCUGCGUGUCCUCCCUCAUCUUCCUCCUGAUGACGACCAACAACCCUGCCAUCUACAAACUCCCACUCAGCAAAGUCACCUACCCAGAGGCCAACCGCAUCUACUACCUGACAAUGAAGAGCAGCGAAGAAGAGAAGUCCCCAAGCGGCGGCGGCGGGGAGCAGCCACCAGCAGCCGGCCUGAAGGCCGAGGAGGGCUCAGAGCCUGCGGGCCCCAAGCACAGGAGCGUGUUCCACAUCGAGUGGUCAUCUAUACGGAGGAGGAGCAAAGUGUUUGGGAAAGGCGAGCAGCAGGAGAAACAGCCCAAGGUGCCCCUCCCCUAUCAGUACCGGAAGCCCGCAGUGGAACUGCUUAAUCUGGGCCCCAUGGAGGACAGCUCCGAGAUAAAGGUGGAGACCACCAGCUCCAGGACUUCCUGGAUCCAGAGUUCCGUGGCUGCUGGUGGGAAAAGGAUCGGCAGGGCCCUCAGUUACAUCACCGGGGAGAUGAAGGAGUGUGCAGAGGGACUUAAAGACAAGUCCCCCGUGUUCCAGUUCCUCGACUGGGUUCUCCGAGGCACGUCUCAGGUGAUGUUUGUGAACAACCCCCUCAGUGGCAUCCUCAUGGUGAUUGGCCUCUUUAUCCAGAACCCGUGGUGGGCCAUCGCAGGAUGCCUAGGCACCGUCAUGUCCACCUUGACUGCCCUCAUCCUGAGUCAGGACAGGUCAGCCAUCGCCUCGGGACUCCACGGCUACAACGGCGUGCUGGUGGGGCUGCUGAUAGCCGUGUUCUCCGACAAGGGCGACUAUUACUGGUGGCUUCUGCUCCCUGUCAUCGUGAUGUCCAUGUCAUGCCCCAUCCUCUCCAGUGCCCUGGGCACCAUCUUCAGCAAGUGGGACCUCCCAGUCUUCACACUGCCCUUCAACAUCGCCGUGACCCUGUACCUGGCAGCCACAGGCCACUACAACCUCUUCUUCCCCACAACACUGCUGCAGCCUGUAUCCUCCGUGCCCAACAUCACCUGGUCAGAGAUCCAGGUGCCCUUGCUCUUGAGGGCCAUCCCCGUUGGAAUCGGCCAAGUGUAUGGUUGUGAUAACCCCUGGACUGGAGGCAUUUUCCUCAUCGCUCUGUUCAUAUCUUCACCUCUUAUUUGCUUGCAUGCAGCAAUUGGAUCCACCAUGGGGAUGUUAGCAGCACUCACAAUUGCCACACCCUUUGACUCCAUCUACUUUGGCCUGUGUGGCUUCAACAGCACGCUGGCAUGCAUCGCUGUCGGAGGCAUGUUCUACGUCAUCACCUGGCAGACUCACCUCCUCGCCAUUGCCUGCGCCCUGUUUGCGGCCUAUGUGGGUGCUGCCCUGACCAACGUGUUAUCUGUGUUUGGAUUACCAACCUGCACCUGGCCCUUCUGCAUCUCGGCACUCAUCUUCCUGCUCCUGACGACCAACAACCCCGCCAUCUACAAACUCCCGCUCAGCAAAGUCACCUACCCGGAAGCCAACCGCGUCUACUACCUGUCCCAGGAGAGAAACAGAAGGUCAUCAACCAUAACGAAGUAUCAGGCCUAUGAUGUCUCCUAA